AUGUUUCAAUUUGAAAUGCAAAAAUAUCAAUUUCUUACAUCGAAGCGGAGCAUUUGUCCUUCAUUUUUGUGUGUCCUAAUCCCAUACGAUGACGUAGAUUCCCCGCCGUGUAUCAACAAUGCAGCGUCUGUUUCCUCUGCAGCCUCUUUGAGAGGCUGUGUUGGACAGAUUUUCCAAUGUUUCGUCAGCCCAUGUGAGGUUGCCAAGUGUUCGUAUCCAAAUGCUCACUGUGUGGCUGACUAUUGUAAUGGAUGUAACGCUGUUUGGUACCAUGGACAUAUAAAACUGACCACUGAACAGUGUGCUGGAACAACGACACCGCCACCAUUUUAAUUUGUUUGCA